GUUGACGCAAAAGGGAAGGGAAAAUAGGUACCUAGGUAGGUACCUACAUAAAUAAAAACAUUGCAAUUUGUCCUGAUCCGAAACUGCAAAAACAAAGUUACAAAAUUCAAUAACUUUGAGCAUAAAUCGCAUUAUUGUUAUAGCGAGAAAGUGUCUGAAUAACUAUAAUAAUAAUAUAAUAUAUAUAAGGAGUGUAAGAAGUGUAAUUUAUACUCUGGAACUUUAUCUGCUUAUCGCGAUCAUCGUUCAACUUUUCUCUUAUCGGAUCGCCGUAUUGUUUCGUCAUCGUCAAUCGUCAACCGAAAGGGCUUAUUUCCUCAGCGGCAAUGGCAGCGACGUGGUCUAUGGGUCCAGGCACUCUCGAAAUUCCUUUAUCUUUAUUUGCUACUAAUAGAGAAAGACUUGCAGACAAGUUGAAAUCUGGCCAAGUUGUUGUGUUGCAAGGUGGCGAUAGCAUAAACCAUUACGAUACCGACGUCGAAUAUGUUUUUAGACAGGAAUCGUACUUUACAUGGGUGUGUGGAGUCCGUGAACCAGGCUGUUAUUUCGCCUUAGAUGUUGGAACCAGGAAGUCUCAUUUAUUUGUGCCUCGUUUACCCGAAGAGUAUGAAGUCUGGAUGGGAAAGCUGCUCUCAUGUCACGAGUUCAAGAAAUUGUAUGCAGUGGAUGAAGUGCAUUAUGUUGAUGAGCUAAGGGAUGUCCUCAAAAGUCUGAAACCUGAGUUGCUUUUGACACUGAGUGGUCCCAACACUGACAGCGGACUCACGGCUAAAGAGGCAGUUUUUGAAGGAAUUGAAGAAUUUCAAGUAGACAAUGAUAUUCUGUUCCCGAUAAUAGCAGAAUUGCGUGUCAUCAAAACGCCCGCCGAAAUCGAAGUGAUGCGUUAUGUGUGCAAAGUGUCAUCCGACGCGCACAAGCAGGUGAUGCUGUUCGCUCGCCCAGGCUUGAUGGAGUACCAAUGUGAGUCGGUGUUCCUGGACCACUGCUACCGCGUGGGCGGCUGUCGGCACGUGUCCUACACCUGCAUCUGCGGCUCCGGACACAACGCCGCCACGCUACAUUACGGCCACGCCGCGGCCCCCAACUGCAAGAUGAUUCGCAGUGGAGAUAUGUGCCUAUUCGACAUGGGGGGUAACUACGCGGGGUACGCGGCCGACAUCACGUGCUCGUUCCCCGCGAACGGCCGGUUCUCCGCCGACCAGCGACUCGUCUACGAGGCCGUGCUGUUCGCCAGGGACGCCGUCAUUCGAGAAGCGAAGCCCGGCGUGAUGUGGCAAGACAUGCAUCUGACCGCCAACCGAGCGAUGUUGGAGCACUUGAAGAAGGGUGGACUUCUCAAAGGGGACGUGGAGCAAAUGAUCGAGCACGGCGUGAAUGGCAUCCUGCAGCCUCACGGCCUCGGCCACCUGCUGGGGCUGGACGUGCACGACGUGGGCGGGUACCUGCGCGCGUGCCCGUCGCGGCCGCGCGGCGCGCUGUGUCGGCUGCGCACGGCGCGGCGGCUGCAGGCGGCCAUGCUGCUCACCAUAGAGCCUGGCUGCUACUUCAUACCAAGGCUCCUGGACAACGCUAAGAACAGUUCAACUCAAUCCCAGUUCUUCAACUGGGACGUGGUGGAGCGGUUCCGAGGAUUCGGCGGAGUGCGGAUAGAAGAUGACGUGCUCAUCACCGAACAUGGUGUCGAAAAUCUGACCUUCGUGCCCAGGACUGUUGCUGAAAUUGAAGACUUCAUGGCAAAUGGAGCAAAUUUCAAAUGAUAAUAUACUACAUUGCAUGCGAGAAAUGUUACCAUUAACUUUGUAUAUUUAUGUAACAUAUUAUUAUGUAUAUAAGAUAUUAUAAUUAAGAUAAUUUUAUCACAUUGUAUUUAACUUGAAUAAUAUAUUAAACAUUGUUUACAAAUAUUUACAACAUUUUCAAGAUUACUUAUAAUAAACACAUUUAAAAAUGAUAA